GGUGUCUGCUAAAUAAACAAAUAAUAAUGAUAGUAAAUAGCAGUUGCCAUGCACAAUGUAAGGCAGUAGAAUCUGUGCAUGGGUUACCAACAGUUAAGAAUGUUGCGUAGUUUUCUGUUGAAGGGGACUUUAAUUAGUGGUAGAAAUUUAAAUAUAAUCAAGAUAUUAUAAAGAUUAGAGGAUGUAUAGCUACUAAACUGAUCUCAUUUUUGUUUCUCUGGAGCAUUCAUUAACAAAAAAUCUGCACCAUCUUCUCCAGCUCUGCCAAAUCACAGAGGGAAAGCAUGUGGGUGGUGGAGUUUCUCAACAUCCAGACGUGUCAGGACUACUUUAGUUAGUACCCACAUGCCGAUCAGCAGUGCUUUUAAUAUGCAGUACUUCCUUACUUCUUACUGAAAAACAGGUCUGUUUCUUUUAGGAAAUAAAGCUAAACAAAACAAACUGAUCUUCCCUGACGUGAAUCUUAAAAAAGUCAUGGCUGAUGAAAACCAUAUUUCGUCUUUAAGAGAGAAGGAACAAAUCUAUUGUGACAUCACAGAGGAACAGCUGAAGUGUAGCCUGCCAGUACAGUGCUGCACUGCCCUUAUAAUCUUCAGAAUGUGAGCUUGGCACAUAACUUACUUAUCUAUUGUUCAGCAUAGGCGUGGUUAUGAGGUAGCAGCCAGGACUGAAUUGUUUGCAGGAAAUUCAGGGAGGGGUGUUUUUGAUUUGCAGUAGGAGCCAGAUCUUUAACAAAUUAGGCUGAUCCUUCUCGGUGUCCUGUUCUUUGGAACUUUUGAUGUUGGAAGAACAUGGAAAUGGGUAACCAGCAUCCCUCCAUGAUUCGGCUCCAGGAAAUCAUGAAGGAAGUCAAGGAUCUCAGCUCCCAGGUGUCGUCUUUCAGUGGCCUGCAAACUGACAAGGACUACUGCAAACUGGAAAGAGCUUUGACCAGACAGCUGUUUGAGAUUGACUCGGUGGACACAGAGAACAAGGGGGACAUCCAGAGGGCGAAGAAGGGGGCCACCCAUGAGGUCCAAAUUCUGCUUGAGAUGCUACAACAAAACGUCAACCACCCUUCCCGGGUGGAGAUAGAGAGGGUCUACCUUGAGGCACAGAACCUGGUCGCCCAGGAGGUGACGCCGCUGAGGGGAGGAGGGGGAACUAUCAGUGACGAGUUUGUGGAUGGCAUCCAGGAUGUCAUUUUGAGACUGACUCAGAUCAGAACCGGGGGAAAAGUACAUUUGCGGAAAGCCAGGUACCGUGCACUGACUAGGGUGUGCGCAGUGCAGGAUAUUAUAGAGAGCUGCAUGAAGCGUCAGGCCCUAUCGCUCCCCCUUUCUAACAACACCCAUGGCUCUGUCACCAAGAUCAACUCCAUCAUGGUGGAGGUCAACAAGUCCCGGGGUGACCUUAUCGCUCUCCUGAUGGGACUGAACAGAGCGGACAGCUGCGGGCGCCUCUCCCGUGUGCUCACGGGGUUUCUUGUCGAGCUGGAUGCCCUGGAUGUAUCUGGGAACACAGAGGUCCGAAACUACAGGAAGCAGGUGGUAGAGGAGAUCAACGGGCUGCUGAAGCACUUGGACCUGGAAGGAGAAGGGGACGCCACCUGCAGGUAUGACCUGGUCCAGAAUGAUUCCAUCCAGAAAAUCGAGCAGAUCCGUUGCACGGUGGCCCAGCUGCGGGGCCAUCUGCUAACGAUCGAGAAAGCCAACGAGCUGCACUUCAAACAUAAGGCAGAGCUGCAGGGGCUGCUGACCAGGCUGGAUGAGGUGAGUACCGCCAGGAACCCCUGCAUCCGCGAAGCCAGGCGGAGGGCGGUUUUAGAGGUGCAGGCUGUCAUCACCUACAUUGACCUGAUGGAAGCGCUGAGGAAGAGGGCCAGUGAUACUUGCACGGAGGAGCACCCCUCCCAAAAGGCUGUCUGGAAUGUGCUGGGGAGCCUCUCAGAACUGCAGAGGCAGGUGCUUGUCUUUGACGGCAAGAGAGCCGACAAGAGCUAUAAGUUGCUGGAGGAACUUCUCACCAAGCAACUCUUAGCGCUUGAUGCAGUAGAUCCUCAAGGAGAUGAAAUGUCCAAAAUUGCCCGGAAACAGGCAGUCAAGUUUGCGCAGAACAUCCUCAGCUACUUGGACAUGAAGACAGAUGAAUGGGAAUAUUAGUACAUGUAUGUUGUCACUCGUAUUGAUCGUUCUUUGUACCUUGGGUUCAUAACAUAUCAUAAAAACAAUAUGUCAUUUCCAAAUGACUGAAUAUCAAUAUGAAAAGAAACGGAUAAAAUGUCAGUCUCUGCAAAGACAACUGGGUAAUCCUUUUAGUUGUUUAUUUUUUUUUUUUUAACUCUAUGAGAAAAUACAGAUCCUUAUUUUGAAUAAGGUUUGUUUUAUUAGAAUUGCACUAGUACUGUAUGUGCUGGAUUGAAGAGUGGGGACAUGCUAUGAAACUACAGAGUGGUUUAAAAGUCACUUUACUUGACCAGUUCAUGGCUAUGCCAGGGAAAAGUGAUAUUGGGGUAGAGCUAUCAAACUUGUCAGGUAGAGGAGGGAAUGGCUGGCACCUUACAGCGCCCCCUACAGACCAGAUUUCUCAAUGCAUUUACACCAACAAACUGUUAUGGAACAUUAACAGUUUUAUUUUACAAAAAAUGGUGCAAAAUGAAUUUUAGUUUAAAUACAUAUGCCCCUGUCAUAUUUCACUGCGUUAUACUUUUCUCCCUGAAUAUCUGUGAGUUAUUCAAGUGACCUGUAUAUAGUAUCUGCUUUCAUAAUCUUUAAGCUUGGUAAAAAUAUAAAUAAAUAGUGUAUUGUUUAGUGUAAACUCUUUAAAAAACACAUUGAUUUAUUAUAUAACAAAUGCCAAAAAACGUAAUUAAACGACACUGUAAUUUACCAUCUUCUGCCAUUUAUGCCUUGAACGGAAUACAGAAUUGUGUGAUUGAGUGAGUGGUUAAUCAAGUUACAUCAAAAUGUAACCAGUUAUGCACAUUACCAAUCCUAAACAGCGCACUAAAGUUCACGAGUGGUGUAACACGUGUUUAAAUAUUUUGCUACAGUGUAGUAAAAGUAAAAAAAAAGAAUGUGUGCAGUAAUAUUAACCUGGUACUAAAAUGCAUGCUAAACUGGAUUUCUGUUUCAGAGAGUAGUGAACAGCAUGAAGUAAAUCAUUUUCCACCCUUUUUAAUUUUGUUAAAUUAUUGCUAAUGUGAGCUGAGUGAUUGAUCUCACAACAGACAUAAAUGAUGUACUAUCUAAGAAAGCGUUUGUACAAUGAUGUAUUUAUUAUGUAACUGUACAGUUGAAAAGCUUUGUACUUUAGAUUAUAUUUUAAGCACUGUGCUCAAGCAGCCUUUUGUGUUUUAGUGUGAAUACUUUGUAAAACUGCAAUACUUGUGUCCAGUGUAUUUUAAAAACAGCACCAUGCACAAAAAUAGACUAUUAUUUUGAAGUUGAAUAAAAAAAAAUGUAAUCUGAAGAGCUUUGGGUGCAUCUAUGCAUUUUGCACUGACUAGAAGAGUUAAGUUAAAAUCUAUUAGCUACACAUUUUCAGUAUAUUUUGUAUUCUUGAGACAUCAACCCUAGAUUUAAUAUAGUGCCUUUUAACGCCAAAGCUGCCCCGAUGUGUGUCACAUAAAAUGAAGAAAAAGAAAACGGAACUGUCCCCUUUAGAACUAGGUAUAGUAAUAAGUGUAGUCAUAGUCUGUAUUAUUAUUAUGACAUUGCUAUAAAGUCCUUCCAGUGUACAUUUUACUUCAUGCGUAUAACAAAACUAAAGCUAUGAACUAGUUUGGUUGGUAGUCCAAGGAUAUAUUCGCUACGGUUAAUGCAUAUUUGGUGCCGGAGGUACUGACAGAGUUGUGCCUCUUUAUUCAGUUCAGUUUAUUUUAUUCAAUACUUUUUAUUAAAUAUAAAGUAUACAUGAGAAAGAUAAGAGCAGCCAUACCCCCAGUUGGAAUGGUUCCAUUGUUAAGGUUUUCCACAGAUUUCAGGGCAGUAAUACUGUGUGAGCCGAUAACAGUAUCAGUGUUCAUUCUGAAGGUCUAACGAAGUGGCCAAUUAAACCAGACCAGACCCUUUACAAUUGUCCCAUUGCACCUGCUUUCACAUCAUUUUAAUUUCAAGCACUUAAGUGCAGGUUUGUUGUGACUGAAAUUUAAUAACAGCAGUUAUUUCAGUAGUAUGGAGAUGAAAACAUCAAUGCUUACUAAUGAAAUGAAAGGGGUUGCCAUGUUUUAUCUCCACGGCUGGUACAGUAAAUCUAAAGGAGAUGCUGUUUAAAAUGCAAUUGAUUCCAGUUCAUCCAAAGUCACUGUACUAUGAUUUUACAGCUUGUGUUUUCUUGUUAUCAUUGAAUUCAUUUGGUUUUAAAAGAUGUGUGUACAGAGUAAGGCAUUGCAAGCUCAAACGUUUUAUAUCAUGACGUUUGCAGAGAUUAGUAUAUCAUUGGGGAUUCUUUUUAACAUGCUGCACUGUGGAGAAGCAUCUUUUAACUGACAUCAUCUUUAGGGGUUUGAGGUUUUACAGAGGGGGUGGCUGCUGUUAGUCUCGGAGCGAGUCCUUUUGGGGAUAAAGUAUAUUGGUAAACAGGGUAGAGGCAAGGGACAGCAGUGGCUUCUGAUCUUAUAAUAUAUGGUGUAAACAGAGAAGCAAC